AGGCGGAGCCCAGAGCUGGGGGCUGCUGGCUAGUGGCUCUCUAGGCUCCUUAGCUCUGGCGUCCUGGUUCGCUUCAGUGUCCGCCGUCUCCACCGCUGCUUCUUCUUCCUUCUUCGCCACCGCCGCCACCGCCCGCAGCACCGCAGCCCCUCCCGCCAUGGCCGCCACCGGAGCCCGGCGGAGUCCGGGCCCCGGCUUGGGGCUUCGGGGGCGGCCGAGCCUCGGCUUCCACCCGGGGCCGCCGCCGCCACCGCCGCCGCUGCUAUUGCUGUUUCUGCUUCUGCUGCCGCCGCCGCCGCUGCUGGCCGGCGCCACCGCCGCCGCCUCGCGGGAGCCCGACAGUCCAUGCCGGCUCAAGACCGUCACCGUGUCCACGCUGCCUGCCCUGCGGGAAAGCGACAUCGGCUGGAGCGGUGCCCGCGCCGGGGCCGCGGCCGGGACCGGUGCUGGGGCCGGGGCCGGAGCCGGAGCCGCUGCUGCCGCGGCCGCCGCGUCCCCGGGCUCGUCGGGCUCAACCGGCACAGCCGCGGAGUCUCGUCUCCUGCUCUUUGUGCGUAACGAGCUCCCCGGACGCAUCGCGGUGCAAGAUGACCUGGACAACACCGAGCUGCCCUUCUUCACCCUGGAGAUGUCUGGCACAGCAGCAGAUAUUUCUCUGGUGCACUGGAGACAGCAGUGGCUGGAGAAUGGCACACUCUACUUCCACGUCUCCAUGAGCAGCUCCGGGCAGCUGGCCCAGGCCACAGCUCCCACACUCCAGGAGCCCUCAGAGGUCGUCGAGGAGCAGAUGCAUAUCCUCCACAUUUCUGUGAUGGGUGGACUCAUUGCACUACUCCUCCUGUUGCUGGUGUUCACGGUGGCACUGUAUGCCCAGCGGCGCUGGCAGAAGCGCCGGCGCCUCCCCCAGAAGAGCGCCAGCACCGAAGCCACUCACGAGAUUCACUACAUCCCAUCAGUGCUGCUGGGCCCACAGGCCAGAGAGAGCUUCCGCUCUUCCAGGCUUCAGGCACACAACUCAGUCAUUGGUGUACCCAUCCGGGAGACCCCCAUUCUGGAUGACUAUGACUAUGAAGAGGAGGAGGAUCCACCCAGGCGGACCAACCAUGUUUCCCGGGAGGAUGAGUUUGGCAGCCAGAUGACCCAUGGCCUGGACAGCUUGGGACGGGCAGGAGAAGAGAAAGUAGACUUUGAGAAGAAAGCGGCAGCUGAGGCGACACAGGAGACAGUGGAGUCCCUGAUGCGGAAGUUCAAGGAGAGUUUCCGUGCUAACACACCAGUGGAGAUCGGUCAACUGCAGCCAGCCUUGCACAGUGCCUCUGCAGGGAAGAGGAAGCGGAGGAACAAAUCUCGAGGGGGAAUCAGCUUUGGGAGAACCAAGGGGACAUCAGGCUCAGAAGCAGAUGAUGAAACACAGCUGACGUUCUACACAGAACAGUAUCGCAGCCGCCGUCGCAGCAAAGGUUUAUUGAAAAGCCCAGUUAACAAGACAGCUUUGACACUGAUUGCUGUGAGUUCCUGCAUCUUGGCCAUGGUGUGUGGCAACCAGAUGUCCUGUCCACUUACUGUGAAGGUGACUUUGCAUGUGCCUGAACACUUCAUUGCAGAUGGGAGCAGCUUCGUGGUGAGUGAAGGAAGCUACCUGGAUAUCUCUGACUGGCUAAACCCUGCCAAGCUGUCCCUGUACUAUCAGAUCAAUGCAACCUCCCCAUGGGUGAGAGACCUGUGUGGACAGAGGACGACAGAUGCCUGUGAACAGCUGUGUGACCCAGAAACUGGGGAGUGCAGUUGUCAUGAAGGUUACGCCCCUGACCCAGUUCACAGACAUCUGUGUGUUCGCAGUGACUGGGGCCAAAGCGAAGGACCUUGGCCUUAUACAACACUGGAGAGGGGCUAUGAUCUGGUGACAGGAGAGCAAGCCCCUGAAAAGAUUCUCAGGUCUACUUUCAGCUUGGGCCAAGGCCUCUGGCUUCCGGUCAGCAAAAGCUUUGUGGUUCCACCUGUGGAGCUGUCCAUCAACCCCCUCGCCUCCUGCAAGACGGACGUGCUUGUCACAGAAGACCCUGCCGAUGUCAGGGAAGAAGCGAUGCUGUCUACCUACUUUGAAACCAUCAAUGACUUGCUGUCCUCCUUUGGUCCAGUCCGUGACUGCUCAAGGAACAACGGGGGCUGCACUCGCAAUUUCAAGUGUGUGUCUGACCGCCAGGUGGAUUCCUCAGGAUGUGUGUGUCCUGAGGAACUGAGGCCCAUGAAGGAUGGCUCAGGCUGCUAUGAUCACUCCAAGGGCAUUGACUGCUCUGAUGGCUUUAACGGAGGGUGUGAGCAGCUUUGCCUACAACAGACACUGCCUUUGCCCUAUGAUGCCACCUCCAGCACCAUCUUCAUGUUCUGCGGAUGUGUGGAGGAGUACAAGUUGGCUCCUGAUGGCAAAUCCUGUCUAAUGCUCUCGGAUGUCUGCGAGGGACCCAAGUGCCUCAAACCUGACUCCAAAUUCAAUGACACCCUCUUUGGAGAAAUGCUGCAUGGUUACAACAACAGGACCCAGCAUGUAAAUCAAGGCCAAGUCUUCCAAAUGACCUUCAGGGAGAACAACUUCAUCAAGGACUUUCCGCAGCUGGCAGAUGGGCUGUUGGUGAUCCCGCUGCCUGUGGAAGAGCAAUGCCGGGGGGUCCUGUCUGAGCCCCUCCCAGACCUUCAGCUGCUGACUGGAGACAUCAGGUAUGACGAGGCCAUGGGUUACCCCAUGGUGCAGCAGUGGCGUGUCAGGAGCAACCUCUACCGUGUGAAGCUGAGCACCAUCACCCUCUCGGCAGGCUUUACCAACGUCCUAAAGAUCCUGACCAAAGAGAGCAGUCGGGAUGAGCUGCUAUCCUUCAUCCAGCACUACGGCUCCCACUACAUCGCAGAGGCCCUGUAUGGCUCUGAGCUCACCUGCAUCAUCCACUUCCCCAGCAAGAAGGUCCAGCAGCAGCUCUGGCUCCAGUAUCAGAAAGAGACCACGGAGCUGGGCAGCAAGAAGGAACUGAAAUCCAUGCCCUUCAUCACCUACCUCUCUGGUCUACUGACAGCCCAGAUGCUCUCAGAUGACCAGCUCAUCUCAGGUGUGGAGAUCCGAUGUGAGGAGAAGGGUCGCUGUCCAUCCACCUGUCACCUUUGCCGCCGGCCAGGCAAAGAGCAGCUGAGCCCUACACCAGUGCUUCUGGAGAUUAACCGCGUGGUACCACUUUAUACCCUCAUCCAAGACAAUGGCACAAAGGAGGCCUUCAAGAAUGCACUGAUGAGUUCCUACUGGUGUUCUGGGAAGGGAGAUGUGAUCGAUGACUGGUGCAGGUGUGACCUCAGUGCCUUUGAUGCCAGUGGGCUUCCCAAUUGUAGCCCGCUUCCGCAGCCGGUGUUACGACUUUCUCCGACGGUGGAGCCUUCCAGCACUGUAGUUUCCCUGGAGUGGAUUGAUGUUCAGCCAGCCAUUGGGACCAAAGUCUCUGACUAUAUUCUGCAGCACAAGAAAGUGGAUGAGUACACGGACACUGACCUGUACACAGGAGAAUUCUUGAGUUUUGCUGAUGACUUACUCUCUGGCCUGGGCACAUCUUGUGUAGCAGCUGGUCGAAGCCAUGGAGAGGUCCCUGAAGUCAGUAUCUACUCGGUGAUCUUCAAGUGCCUGGAGCCAGACGGUCUUUACAAGUUCACUCUGUAUGCUGUGGAUACUCGAGGGAGGCACUCAGAGCUCAGCACAGUGACCCUAAGGACAGCUUGUCCACUGGUGGACGACAACAAAGCAGAAGAGAUAGCAGACAAGAUCUACAAUCUGUACAAUGGUUACACCAGUGGCAAGGAACAGCAGACUGCUUACAACACACUGAUGGAGGUCUCUGCCUCCAUGCUCUUCCGAGUGCAGCACCACUACAACUCUCACUAUGAAAAGUUUGGUGACUUUGUGUGGAGGAGUGAGGACGAACUAGGACCCAGGAAGGCACACCUGAUCCUGCGGCGGUUGGAGAGGGUCAGCAGCCAUUGUUCUAGUCUCUUGCGAAGCGCCUACAUCCAGAGCCGUGUGGACACCAUACCGUAUCUCUUCUGCCGCAGUGAGGAGGUUCGGCCUGCAGGAAUGGUGUGGUACAGCAUCCUCAAAGAUACCAAAAUCACAUGUGAGGAGAAGAUGGUGUCCAUGGCCCGAAACACGUAUGGAGAGACCAAAGGCCGGUGAGGGAGGGUACUACCCUCCUUGAGUGCAGAGACGCUCUUGGGGGAGCACUGCUUCCAUGGAUCCUGGGACCUGGGUGGGCUGGGGGACAGCUGAGUGGCCUGGCACAUGACACUUGCCAGCAAGGCCAAAGCAAACUGUUUCUCCAUGGACAGACAACAGAGAACUUUGUAACCAAUGGAAUUAUUCAUUUUUCUCUUUUAUUUUUUCUAAGAUAUUAUUUGACUCUAUCAAAUAUCUCUCCUUUUUAAACCUUUUCUUAUGGAUGGAAGUCAUUGUGGAGGCAAGAGCUUUCAGGGGGGAACAAGCAGCUUUUCCUCUUCUUCCUCUUGCCAUGGACCCCCAGAAGGAACCCUAUGGAGAGACAACCUGACCACUUCCACAUUAGCAAGGAUGCCCUGGAACUGUUGCAGCAAGGAAGCUUGGGUCUUUAAGGCCUUCUCUCUCUCUCUCCCUUUCCUCCUCAUCUUUCUUCCUCCUCUCCUCCCCUCCGCCUCCUUACCUUUUCCUCUCUCUUUCUUUCUCUUCCUUUCUCUCUCUCCCCCCCUCUCUCUUUCCUCUGUCUCCCCAGACAUUACUGAGUUUGCAGGCCCACUGCUUCUUUCUGCUACCUGUGGGUCUCUACAGGACUUUCUGUGCAUUAAAAUUCCUAUUGUCUCUC